AUGGCCACCAGCGGUGCCCCUCGCCUCUCCUUGCCACUCCUGCUGCCUGUCACCACUCUGCUGCUAUCACUGCUGCUCACCAGCUCACACGCCUUAUCACCACCGCGGUUCACUAAAGUUCCCGUCGACCAGAUUGGCGUCUCGGGGGGCGUGGUCUCCUUUGUCUGCCAGGCGACAGGCGACCCCAAGCCGAGGGUUAGCUGGAACAAGAAAGGCAAGAAGGUCAACUCCCAGCGCAUCGAGACGAUUGAGUUUGACGAGGGUGCCGGCGCCGUCCUCAGAAUCCAGCCUCUCCGAGCGCCGCGUGAUGAGAACAUCUAUGAGUGCGUGGCAGAGAACAGCGAGGGCGAGAUCACCGUCAAUGCCAAGCUGUCCAUUAUUCGAGAGGACCUACUCCCACCAGGCUUCCCCAACAUUGACAUGGGCCCUCAGUUGAAAGUGGUGGAGCGCACUCGGACAGCCACCAUGCUCUGUGCCGCCAGUGGCAACCCUGACCCAGAAAUCACCUGGUACAAAGACUUCCUGCCCAUUGACCCCAGUGCAAGUAAUGGGCGAAUCAAACAGCUACGCUCAGAAACCUUUGAGGGUACCCCGAUUCGAGGUGCCUUGCAGAUCGAGAACAGCGAGGAGACAGACCAGGGGAAGUACGAGUGCGUGGCGAUUAAUGUGGAAGGCGUGCGCUACUCGUCCCCUGCUAACCUUUAUGUGCGAGAGCUUCGAGAAGUCCGGCGGGUGCCUCCUCGCUUCUCCAUCCCACCAGCGAGUCAGGAAAUUAUGCCCGGUGGCAGUGUGAACAUUACGUGUGUGGCAGUGGGAUCGCCCAUGCCUUACGUGAAGUGGAUGCUGAAUUCAGAGGACUUGACACCAGAGGAUGAGAUGCCCGUGGGCAGGAACGUUCUCGAACUGAGCAGCGUCCGUGAGUCAGCCAACUACACCUGCGUGGCCAUGAGCAGCCUUGGCAUCAUUGAAGCUGUGGCGCAGAUCACUGUCAAAUCUCUCCCCAAGCCUCCAGGUACGCCUGUGGUUACUGAAACCACUGCCACCAGUGUGACCAUCACAUGGGACUCAGGCAACCCAGAGCCUGUGACUUACUAUAUCAUCCAGUACAGGGCCAAGUCCCCAGACAGCAAGUAUGAGACAGUGGAUGACAUCACCACUACACGUUACAGCAUUGGUGGCCUCUACCCCAACACAGAGUAUGAAAUCCGUGUCUCAGCCGUCAACACAAUCGGUCAGGGUCCUCCCAGUGAGCCAGUAGAAACCCGGACUGGAGAACAAGCCCCUGCCAGUCCACCGCGAAACAUUCAGGCCCAGAUUAUUUCCCAAAACACCAUGAUGGUGCGCUGGGAAGAGCCAGAGGAGCCCAAUGGGCAGAUCAAGGGAUACCGUGUUUAUUACACCAUGGACGACUCCCAGCCCAUGAGCCUCUGGCAGAUUCAUAAUGUCCAGGACAGCAUCAUCACUACUAUCCAGAGCCUGGUUCCCCAAGAGACAUACACAAUCAAAGUCCUAGCAUUCACCUCUGUAGGGGACGGACCAUUCUCCGAGCCCAUCCACGUCAAAGUGCUGCAAGGAGUUCCAGGUCAACCAUCCAAAUUCCAGGUUGGUGCUGUGUCUGACACAAGCAUUGAACUGACCUGGGAACCUGCCUAUGAAAAGGAAGGAAUUAUAAAUUAUGAACUUCGCUACUCAGAGGGCAGUUUUGGCACCCCGAUGAAGAAAACAUUUGGACCCGCAUCUUCAUAUGUUGUGGAAGGGCUCCGCCCAAACACAGAGUACCACUUCUCCCUGGCAGCCAUUUCAAUCAAAGGCAUCGGAGCCUUCACAAAUGACAUAUCGCAGAAGACCUUGCAAGCUAAGCCCUCAGCCCCCCCUCAAGACAUUAAGUGCAGCACCACCAGCUCCACCACCCUGCUGGUAAGUUGGCGCCCCCCACCGUUGAAGAGUCAGAACGGUGUCCUGGCGGGGUAUAGGGUGCACUACCAGGUGGUGGCCCCGUCAGAAGGCGGCAGCGACGACAGCGAACCCACGGAGGAGCCGACGGUGCCUGCCACCGAAGAGCAGGUGCUGCUGCAGCGAUUGGAGAAGUGGACCCAGUACCGCAUCACUGUGUCCGCCUUCACCGUGAUCGGGCCAGGCCCUGAGAGCGAGCCCCUGAUCUGCCGGACAGACGAAGACGUUCCAGGGGCUCCUCCAAGGCGGGUGGAGGUGGAGGUCCUCAACUCCACAGCGCUAAAGGUGAUGUGGCGCUCCAUGACCCCAGGCAAGCAGCACGGUCAGAUCCGUGGCUACCAAGUUCACUAUGUGCGUGUGGAAAAUGGGGAGUCAAGGGGCCUGCCCCUCAUCAAGGACGUCAUGCUGGCUGAUGCCCAGUGGGAAACGGACGAUACAGCUGAAUAUGAAAUGGUCAUUGGAGGACUCAAGCCAGACACCACAUACUCCAUCACGGUGGCAGCGUACACCACCAAAGGGGAUGGAGCCCGGAGCAAACCCAAACUGGUGGUGACCAAAGGGGCAGUGCCAGGUCCACCCUAUCUGUCAGUGGUUCAGGACUCGGAGUCAUCAGCUGUUGUUCGAUGGGACCCUCCAGACCUGACCAAUGGCAUGGACCUGCAGGGUUACCGGCUCCAGUUUGGCCGGAAAGAUGUCUCUCCUUUGGCCACACUGGAGUUUGCGCCCCAAGAACGACAGUACUCUGUGGGCAACAUUCACCGGGGGGCCACUUAUCUCUUUAAAAUCUCAGCCAAGAGCAGGGGGGGCUUUGGAGAAGAGGCUGUUGUGGAACUGAAUGUGCCCGAGAAUACACCAGGGGGAUACCCUCAAAUUAAUGAGGGCUCCAAUGUGACGUGCUGCUCAGUGCAGCUGUCCUGGUCUCCACCAGUGCUGGCGGAGAGGAAUGGGGUAAUCACAGAGUACACUUUGGCGUAUAAAGAAGCCGGUGCCGGAGGAGCACCGCGGGAGCUACGCUUGCCUCCCAGUCUGUCCAGCUACGUGCUCAACAGCCUCAAACCGAACUCAGCGUACGAUGUGAAAAUACGUGCGCACACCAGUGUAGGUCCAGGGCCCUACAGCCCUCCUAUCCAGUAUCGGACGGUGGCCUUUGAUCCAGCAGAUGUCCCAAAGAAUUUCACUGUCAAGUGGGCUACCAAGACCACAGUGGUCCUUGCAUGGAAGUUUUCCGAGGGCAGGUCUCCAUACAAAUGCACGAUUGAAUACAACCGUCAGAAGAUGGAUGUGGAUGCUAGGCAGAUGAGGGUGCUCGUCACUGGGCUGAGGCACAACACCACUUACGAGUUCAGGGUGACCUGCCAAGAAAGCAUGGAUGGUGGGCCAAGACACCGGGUGGUGGCCAGGACAGCGCCACUCAUCCUGGUAAAGAAACCCAAGCUGGACAUCUACGGCGAGCCUGACAACAUGCUCACCAUGUCCUUCCCACCGGUCGAUGCCAAGGAUGUCAAGAACUUCUAUGUGGUAGUGGUGCCACUUAAGAGGACCUCUGGAACUGUUAAAAACCUGAAGAACCCUGAUGAGAUGGACAUGGAAGAGCUGUUGCGGGAGGUGACCCCAAAGCGUCGCUCACGCCGUCAGCUGGCUCAGCUGGACCAGAGGAAGCCCUACAUCACAGCCUGCUUCAGGCAGCUGCCCUCCAGCUUCACAGUGGGAUCCGACCACCGCCACAGCAGCUGUGAGAACAAGCCUCUUGAACCUGGCCAGGAGUAUGUCUUCUUCCUGCUGGCUGAACUCAAUGCCACGGCCGGGAAAAUGUUUGCGACCAGCCCUUACACUGACACAGUGAUGACUCCUGAGCUGGUGGUGGACCCCCUGCCAGUAGAGACUGGUGACGGACUCAUAUGGGUGGUGGGCCCAGUCCUGGCUGUGGUCUUCAUCAUCUGCAUCGUCAUCGCCAUUCUCCUGUAUAAAAACAAACCUGACAGCCGCAAAAGAAAAGAGUCAGAGCCACGGACAAAAUGUCUGCUCAACAACGCAGACAUUACUCCCCACCACCCCACAGACCCCGUGGAGAUGAGACGCAUCAAUUUCCAAACUCCAGAUUCUGGUCUGAGCAGUCCUCAGAGUGAAGCAGAUUUUGACUAUGAAAGUAUGAUGAAUCAUCCUCCCAUCCCUAUCUCGGAGCUGGCCGAACACACAGAGCUUCUCAAGGCCAACGACAACCUCAAGCUCUCACAAGAAUAUGAGUCUAUCGAUCCAGGCCAGCAGUUCACCUGGGAACACUCCAACCUGGAGGUGAACAAGCCCAAAAAUCGUUACGCCAACGUCAUCGCCUACGACCACUCCCGCGUCAUCCUGGCUCCCAUCGAGGGUAUCACAGGUAGCGACUAUAUCAAUGCCAACUACAUCGAUGGCUACAGGAAGCAGAAUGCCUACAUUGCCACUCAGGGUCCAUUACCAGAGACGUUUGGGGACUUCUGGAGGAUGGUGUGGGAACAGAGAGCAGCCACUGUGGUCAUGAUGACGAGGCUGGAGGAGAAGUCACGGAUUAAGUGUGACCAGUACUGGCCCAGUCGUGGCACAGAAACCUAUGGUAUGACCCAAGUCACCCUGCUGGACACCAUAGAACUGGCCACUUUCUGUGUCCGCACUUUCUCCUUGCACAAGAAUGGCUCUAGUGAGAAGCGGGAGGUUCGUCAGUUCCAGUUCACGGCGUGGCCUGACCACGGUGUACCUGAGUACCCGACCCCCUUCCUGGCCUUCCUGCGCAGAGUGAAGACCUGCAACCCGCCCGACGCCGGACCCAUCAUCGCCCACUGCAGUGCGGGUGUUGGUCGGACAGGCUGCUUCAUCGUCAUCGACGCCAUGCUUGAGCGCAUCAAGCACGAGAAGACGGUCGACAUUUACGGCCACGUGACGCUGAUGCGGUCACAGCGGAACUACAUGGUGCAGACGGAGGACCAGUACAGCUUCAUUCACGAUGCACUGCUGGAGGCGGUGGCCUGCGGCAACACUGAAGUGGCUGCCCGGAGCCUCUAUUCCUACAUCCAGAAGCUGGCCCAGGUGGAGAGCGGCGAGCAUGUCACUGGCAUGGAGCUAGAGUUCAAGCGCUUGGCCAACUCCAAAGCCCACACGUCGCGCUUCAUUAGUGCCAACCUUCCCUGCAACAAGUUCAAGAAUCGGCUGGUCAACAUCAUGCCCUACGAGACCACACGCGUUUGCCUGCAGCCAAUCAGAGGCCUGGAAGGAUCCGACUACAUCAAUGCCAGUUUCAUUGAUGGAUACAGGCAACAGAAAGCCUACAUCGCCACGCAGGGCCCUCUGGCAGAGACUACAGAAGACUUCUGGAGAAUGCUCUGGGAGAACAAUUCCACCAUUGUAGUCAUGUUAACCAAACUGCGAGAGAUGGGACGGGAAAAGUGUCACCAAUACUGGCCGGCGGAACGCUCUGCCAGGUAUCAGUACUUUGUGGUGGAUCCCAUGGCCGAGUACAACAUGCCCCAGUACAUCCUAAGAGAGUUCAAGGUCACAGAUGCCAGGGAUGGCCAGUCCAGGACAGUAAGGCAGUUCCAGUUUACUGAUUGGCCAGAGCAAGGCGUCCCCAAAUCUGGGGAGGGAUUCAUUGAUUUCAUUGGCCAGGUGCAUAAAACCAAGGAGCAGUUUGGACAGGAUGGACCAAUCUCUGUCCACUGCAGUGCUGGCGUGGGCAGGACUGGAGUUUUCAUCACCCUCAGCAUCGUCCUGGAGAGAAUGCGCUAUGAAGGCGUGGUCGAUAUCUUCCAGACAGUGAAGAUGCUCCGGACACAGAGGCCAGCCAUGGUCCAGACUGAGGAUGAGUACCAAUUCUGCUAUCACGCAGCUCUGGAGUACUUAGGAAGCUUUGAUCACUAUGCAACGUAAAAAGCCAUCUCUUCCCCCCAGAAUCCUGUCGCCCCCCCCUCAACAGUCUCCUGAGCCAUAGUAACUUUGAAAUUUGAAACGACGACAGCAGACGACGAUAACACCACCGCUAAUUCAGACACACCAAACAGGAUCCUAAUGUAGAUUUUUAGAAGUCAAUGCCCAACAGUCACUUUAGAUUUUAAUUCCAAUUCGACCAAGAGACCCUUCUCGAGGAAGCGAGGAAAAAUUGCCCAUCAUCAAGAAAAGACGAUCUUCAUCAGGAGAGGAACCAGAAGCUGUGGCUCAAGCUUUGGGGCGGGAGUCGAUCAAAGUGUCAGACUGCUUACCUUACCUCAAGUGUUUCAAUGUGGAGGACAUUGUAAACAUUCGUGGACAUUUCUCUUCUCAAAAAUAUCUUCGUGAUACAACGGUAACAAGCAACAGAUAAUGAAGGAGAAGGCAACAGCAAAAAUCAGUGAGAGGCAGAUGGAUGUAGCCAAGACGGGGUGACUUUCUUGUUUUUUUGAUAUGCCUGGGUGUCAAAGGGGUUCAAGUAUUUCUAUCAACACAUUUUGUGAAUGAUAUCCAGAGAAAUGACCAAAAUGAGGUUGCCUAUGUGAACACAAAUGGUUUUCCCCAAACUCUGGUCACCCAAACAAGAUGGGACAAAAAAAAAAAAAAGACAACUACCACGAGAAUGCUUGUUCCAUCUGGCAUCAAAUAAAUCUUGAGUUUUACACUGUUCCACUAAUGAUACGCGUAAUGCGUGUGGAAAAACACUCAACUGUUAAAGUACACAUCACAUAAUUGCCUGUUCUUAAGCACUAGGAGCUUAGAGAAGGCACUGUCUGUGGUUGUUGGGAAGAAAUCAGCAAAACAUAUCUUGAGAUCAGUUAGUUUUAUGAAUUGUGAACUUCUGCAAAAUCAGUAUCUUAAGCCACAAGCAACAAUGAUGUUGAAAAGUACCACAAAGUAUUUACAGUAUUAAGAAAAAAAAAAA